UUUAUAUAUUUAUAUUAAAUUUUAAAAUAUAUUUUAUUAGAUUUAAUCUUUUGAUAUUAUUCCAUCACUAAUUCAACAUAUUAUAAGUACUCAUUUAUCCUGUCAAACUAAUUGCAAUUACAUGUAAUUUUUUUAAAACACUAAUAUAUAAAUUGUUAUGGGUACCCAACCGUAAAUGUACGUGCAUGCUCAUACAUUUCAAAGGUUUUAAUUUUUGUCAAUUCGAAUUGGAAAGAUGUGGGUUUAUGUUUUAACACUUUAUUUAACUUACGUUCGUAGUGAAGUUGUUAUUACAAAUAGUGAUCCUGUUACUUUGAAAGACUUUUCAAUUUCUGACUACAUAACUACAUGCGGUUAUCCAUUUGAGUUGCACUCAAACUUGCAGACAGAGGACGGAUAUCUUUUGGACCUACACAGGAUACCAUUUGGAAAAAAUGACCAAUUUAAAGAUAACAAUAAAUCAGUUGUACUAUUGAUGCACGGUUUGUUGGGCUCGUCGGAAAAUUUUGUUAUUUUAGGGUGUGAAAGGGGCUUGGCGUUUAUGUUGGCCGAUAACGGUUACGACGUUUGGAUGGGAAAUGCCCGGGGAUCUGCACAUUCCCGGAAACACAUCCGAAUGGAUCCCGACAAGGAUGCAAACUUUUGGAAUUUCAGUUGGCACGAAAUCGCACUUUUUGAUGUGGCGGGCAAAGUGAACUACAUUAGAAGUUACACCAAAGAGCAGAAACUGUUUUACGUGGGUCACUCUCAGGGAACGACCGUUUAUUUCGUUUUGAAUUCGCUGAGACCUGAAUACAACGAUUAUUUUCAUGCCAUGGCUGCCCUCGCACCCAUAGCAUUUUUAUCCACGAAGAAAAAUGAACAUUUUGUCAAUCACUUCGUUGAAAACGGAAUAAAAAAAUUGGUCUCGGAGGUUGGAAUGGGAGAACUCAAACCAUCAAAGGAUAGAGCGUUUUGCAUUGAUUUAGGACAACUAUCUGGUCUUUGUUCCAAUAUCAUUCACCUGAUGAAUUUUAAACCGGAAGAAAUUGAAGUGGAUGUGUAUGGGAGGAGCGAACAGACAUUCCCUGCCGGAGGCUCAGUAAAACAGUUUUUACAUUAUGCCCAGGAGUAUAUAUCAGGGCGUUUCUGUCAAUACGAUCACGGAAGCGAGGAAAAUUUAAAACUGUAUGGUAAUAAGGAUCCACCCUCUUAUAGUAUCAAGAAAAUUUCAUCACCUAUUGGAAUUUAUUGUGGGGUAGACGAUAUUCUUUCCACACCGAAGAACGUGGAAAAACUGGAGGAAAAAUUGCCAAAUAUCAGUAACAAGCUGUUCCUUGACAACUUUACACAUUUUGACUUUUUAAUUUCAACUGACGCAGUCGAUUUAUUAUACAUACCGAUUAUUGAGGAAUUUAAAAAAAUUAAUCCAUUAUGAUCAAAUAAACAUUUAUAGAACCGA